ACAUAAACUCAGUCCAACUCGCCCUGGCUCUUCUCCCUGGCCACGGCCACCACCACCACCACUCAAAGCUCACUCAUCUCCUGCUACGAUGUACCACCCAGCUUACCAUGCGCCACCUGUACCAAAUCCAAGCUCAAGUCACUACCAACCCGAUCCCCUCUAUGGACCCGAACCUCAUUGCCGUCAAACUCAUCGGCGUCUGCGCUUCACGCGCUAGUGUCCGCCAUGGCACGCUUAUCUUCACCCACUACCUCUCCAGCCCCAACAUCUUCGCCUACAACGCUAUUCUCAAGGCAUUCGCUCAACACAAUGACUGGCUCAGCACUUUGCGUUACUUUAAUGCCCAGCUGGUUCUGCCUAGCGCACCUGACCCGGAUGAAUAUACUUUCACUUCGGUGCUUAAGGCUUGCGCCGGUCUCGCCCAAGAAGACGAGGGUCGGAAAGUUCAUUGCUUAGUGACUAAAUACGGGUGCCACUCGAACAUUUUUGUUAGAAAUUCGCUUGUUGAUUUGUAUUUUAAGGUGGGUUGUUUUGAGAUUGCCCAUAACCUGUUCGAUGAAAUGACUGUGAGAGAUGUUGUGUCCUGGAAUACUUUGAUAUUUGGGCUUUGUUUGAGUGGUCAAGUUGAUAAGGCACAGGCUGUGUUUGAUGGUAUGGUGGAGAGGAGUUUGGUUUCUUGGUCAACGAUGAUAAGCGGGUACGCUAAGGUGGGUGAUUUGAAGGAAGCCCGGCGGCUUUUCGAAGAGAUGCCGGAGAGGAAUGUUGUUUCUUGGAAUGCCAUGAUUGCUGGGUACGCCCAGAAUGAGAAGUAUUCUGAUGCAGUUGAGCUAUUUCGACGGAUGCAGCAAGUUAAAGGCUUGGCUCCAAAUGACGUGACACUUGUCAGUGUGUUGUCUGCUUGUGCUCAUCUUGGUGCUCUUGAUUUGGGGAAAUGGAUUGAUAGGUUCAUAAGACGGAGAGGGAUAGAAUUGGGUCUGUUCUUAGGGAAUGCAUUGGCGGAUAUGUAUGCCAAAUGUGGAUGCAUCGAAGAAGCUAAAGGGGUUUUUGAUAAGAUGCAUGAGAGAGAUGUGAUAUCGUGGAGUAUUAUUAUUACCGGAUUGGCCAUGAAUGGCCAUGCUAACGAAGCUUUCGAGUGUUUUGAUAAAAUGGUUGAACAUGGGGUGAGGCCAAAUGAUAUAACUUUCAUGGGGUUAUUGACGGCAUGUACUCAUGUUGGCUUAGUUGAAAAGGGCCUCAAGUAUUUUGAUACGAUGGAUCACACUUAUGGAAUCAUUCCCAAGAUUGAGCAUUAUGGAUGUGUGGUUGAUCUGCUCAGUCGUGCUGGCCGCCUUGAUGAAGCAGAGAAGUUGAUAAACUCAAUGCCAGUAGAGCCUAAUGUCAUUGUUUGGGGUGCAUUACUUGGUGGUUGCCGGAUAUACAAAGAUAUCGAAAGAGGAGAACGUGUUGUCCACCGGAUUCUUGAGCUAGAAUCAGAUCACUCCGGAAGCUAUGUUUAUCUUGCUAAUAUGUAUGCGUCAUUAGGUAGACUGGACGAUGCAGCCAAAUGUAGGUUGAGAAUGAGGAACAAUGGAGUGAUGAAAAUGCCUGGUUGUAGUUGGAUAGAGGUAGAUAAUGUAGUAUACGAGUUCUUCAUGGGUGACUUAUCACAUCCUCAAUCAGAUAAGAUAUUCUACAUGAUUAGAGAACUAAGGUGGAAGAUGAAGCUAGCUGGGUACAAACCAAGGACAGAUCUUGUGGUUCAUAAUAUAGAUGAAGAAGAGAAGGAAGAUGCUUUGUCUGUUCAUAGUGAAAAGCUGGCGAUUGCAUUCGGACUAAUUAGCACUCCUGAAGGAACUACAAUUCGAAUUGUGAAAAACUUGCGAGUCUGUAAUGAUUGUCAUGAUGCAAUAAAGAUAAUAUCUAGAAUUGCUAACAGAGAGAUUGUUGUGAGAGACAGGAGCCGCUUCCAUCAUUUCAGAGAUGGUAGAUGUUCUUGUAAUGAUUAUUGGUAGCAAGUAGCUUCAGCAUUGGAUGUAAAAAGUCAAUGAAUAUCUCGGAUUGGAAACAACAAAUAUGGUUUCUCAUUUUGUUUUUCUUCUUGUUAGAUAAAAUUAAUUAAUUGUAUAAUAACAAUUGUGAAAGCUUGCGGCACCCCUACUAAUCUUUACACUACACUCUCUGUUGAAAGCAUUUUUAGGGUACGUUCAUCUUUAAAUUUUACACGUAGAGAUAAAUUUUUUUAAGUUUUUGGGUUUCUUCAAAUAUUUUAAUUCAUUUUUUUUUAUUUAUUUUUCCAUUUUUUAUCACAACGUUAAUAAUUGGUUUCUUAUUUUCUCUAUUUUUUUUUGUUAUUUUUAAUUAAUAAAAAGUAUUAAAUAUAUAAUAUUAUAUUGUUGUAAAAGAAAAUAUGAAAAAUUAUGUAUAGUGUAAUAUAAAAGUGUGAGCUAAAUAGAUAAAAUUGAGUUUUAAUGAAAUAUUUUGCAAAAUAAAGUAGAGAUGUUAACAUGAGUCUCUAGUUAAGAGUGAUUAAUUUCUAAAUCAAGUUAUUUUAUAAAGUAAAUUUUACCUUGUCCAAUAUGUUUCUCGAUAAGUCUUGAGUAUUGAAAGAUUAUUUUUUGGCAAUAUCAGUUGUAAAAAUAAUUUUUAUUAUAAUGUAUUUAUUUUUAAUAAAUAUAUUUAAAUUAGACACUCUUAUUACACAAUAAUAACGUAUAUCAAUAUUAACUAUUUAUAUCAUGUAGGGACCACGUGACUUGUUCAUUGUGUGAUUGGGAUUCAUUACACAUCUCAAUAUCUCAAUUGUUAUGUUUAAUAGCUAUGGAGUUUUUUUUUUUUUUUGAAGUCAAAUGAAUUCGGAUGUGUUUAAGUCCAAAUUCAUUCAUCCAUUCAUCAGAUCUUUCAACUAUAACAACGAUAAUCUUCAUUUAUUAAUGUUUUCUUCUGUAUUCAAACCUUUAACCUUCUAAAGCUAUCCUUAGGGAUUUCUCCUUAUAAAACAUCAGUCAAGAGUUAUCUUCUGAAUCUCGCUUGGUCUUGUGGACUAGGAGUAAAAAAUACUGACAGCAUGUAGAAAAAGUGGAACAUGAGCUUUCAUAUAAAUAUAUAUAAAAAAAAAUGGCUGCUAAUUCUGUUAUCAAGUAUGGAAUCAUAGGGGUAGGCAUGAUGGGGCGUGAGCACCUCAUCAAUUUACACCAUCUUCGAACUGAAGAUGUUGCCGUUGUAGCUAUAGCUGAUCCAUAUAUUCCUUCUCAACACCAUGCUCUAGACUUAGCUAAGUCUUACAAUUGGCCUUUAAAGGUUUUUACAGGACACAAGGAGCUACUAGACAGUGGAGUGUGUGAUGUGCUGGUUGUGUCAAGUCCAAACAUGACCCAUUAUGAAAUUUUAAUGGACAUAAUUAACCAUCCCAAACCUCAUCAUGUACUGGUGGAGAAACCCCUUUGCACUACUGUUGCUCACUGCAAAGAGAUUGUAGAUGCUGCUAAAAAGAGGAAGGAUAUGCUGGUGCAAGUUGGAUUGGAAUACAGAUACAUGCCACCAGUCGCUAAGUUGAUAGACAUAGUCAAGAGCAAAGCUCUUGGACAAGUUAAAAUGGUGGCUAUUAGAGAACAUCGGUUUCCUUUCUUAGUAAAGGUCAACAAUUGGAACCGAUUCAAUAUUAAUACAGGAGGGACCCUUGUUGAGAAGUGUUGUCACUUCUUUGAUCUGAUGAGGCUCUUUGCAGGAGCAAAUCCUAUUCGUGUCAUGGCUUCUGGCUCUAUUGAUGUUAAUCACAAGGAUGAAAGAUAUGAUGGAAAGGUGCCAGAUAUAAUCGACAACGCCUACGUUAUUGUUGAAUUUGAUAACGGUUGUCGUGGAAUGCUGGACCUUUGCAUGUUUGCUGAAGGGAGUAAAAAUGAGCAAGAAAUAUCUGUUGUUGGUGACAUUGGGAAGGGAGAGGCCUUUGUUCCUGAAAGCAUUGUCAAUUUCGGGACUCGAGCAGCAGGAAGAGCUGGUGUUGAAUCUUCAAAAGCUGAGGACGAUCGAAUCAAAUAUGAUGGACUUCACCAUGGUUCUAGCUAUUUAGAACAUUUGAAUUUCUUGUACGCAAUAAGAGCAAAAGGUGAAAAAGCUCCAGCUGUGGAUUUGGAAGAUGGGUUAAUCUCAGUUGCCAUAGGAGCUGCAGCACAACUUUCAAUAGAGAAAGGUCGAUUUGUUACCAUUAAGGAAGUAAUGAACUAUGAAUAGGAUCACACAUGACACAUUCAAAGAUUCUAUGUAUGUAGCUCUCAUUUUUAACUAGAGGUUUUUCACACGUAAAUAUAGUACUGUCAGCUGGAAGUUUUAUAACUUACCAUUGUUAUCAUCACAACUCUGGCUUCUUCAUGUGGCAUAAAUAACGAAUGUUAGUAUUUUGUUGUAUUUUUAUAUUUUUUUUGGGCCAUUAAUAUCUGAACACCAAUGUUAUCAUCAUCUUUUUGUUUAUCUUUUUAAGUUUUUUUU